CAACUCUCCAGGCAGCUGUCCAGGCACUGCAGCCUUCCAGGUAGCUCCUGGCUUAGCCUGCCUAUUCCCCAGCCUUCAGAAAUGGAGCACAGCCCAAAAAACCACAUGUCUUCUUCUGAGCCCAUCCUGGAUCUCAAGACAGACACUGCAGAAGCUCUUCCAGCCCACAGCAACCCCGAGGAGCUGAAGCAAAGCCACGAGACGAGGCAGGACCCAGCCAGCCGCAGCGGUGGGGACGACUUUGCAACCUCCGGCACAAGCAGCUGUGGCGAGCCUAGCCUGGCUCCGGACGCAGAUGAGACCCUCCCAAGCAGAGACCCCCAGUCGGAGGCGAGGGAUCCCAGCCCCGCUGACUCUUUGCCAUGGCCAGAAGCCCCCGAGGAGUGUCCAGCCCGCCCCAACACCCUGGAUUUCUCCAAGUCCCUGAAGAAGCUAGAGGAGGUGAAGCAGAUGGGGCAGAGACGAAACAGCGACCACGCGGCAGCGAAGGAGAACGGGGUGGAGGUCAGCCCCGCCGCGGCGGCGGCGGAGGUCAGCGAGGAGAGGCGGGCGCUGGAGUCCGAGCUGGGGAAGUGCAUCGAGGACUUCCGUAAGAUCAAGAUCCCCGUCGCCUUUCCCAACAAGAAGCGGCAGUGGCAGAGCGAGCUGCUGAAGAAAUACCACCUGUGAGACGAGACUUCAUUCCCUGCCCCCGGGGAGGAUGUCCUCCGGUACGUUGAGCGUCUCCACCGAUGUCCCCGGGGUAGCAGAUGGCAGAGGCUGUCCACACUCCCAAAAUGAGGAGUGUAGGUUGCUCAUUAAGCCCAUCCAGCAGUCAAAAGGGUCGCAAGCCUAUACCCGCGGCAGAGUGCUCCCUACCAUGGCCAUCGGGAGGGAUGCACGAUAUCCUAAGAGGCUUAAGCAUAGGUGGAGGGGCAUAGAAAAAGGAAGGAGGUCCGUUGCCAGAGAGACCAUCCAGCAGAAGUUCCCACAUUUAUGAGAAUGGAUUUUCCUGGAAUUUCAAAUAAUAAAAUAUAGUUGGUGUCGAG